UUGGUACAUGGCUUUUUGUGAUGCAUUUUUGUUAUCAUCAUUCAUUCAUUUAAAAAAAAGCUAGAGAAAGUGUUUUUAAACCAAUUUUUACCGUAUAAAAAUGACAUUUUUAACCUGGAAAGUGUAACUAAGUGACAAACAACAUUCAGAACAAUGCGAUAAAGUUCCUGCUACGAAGCAAAUACCGUCGUGUUUUUCCGCAAAGCAGUGUUUCGAGGUACAAUGAUUUGAAGCAUGUUACCUCAUUCCCUGACCAAGAAGGUGGUUGGUUCGACGAGACCGACUUAUAUGGAACCUGGUAAUCGUCAAGAUGUUUCUAGUGAAAAUUAUGACUUUUUUAACACAGAAUCUGACAUCAUUUUAGAAGACGAAGAAGAAUAUGAUAUCCUAAACAAUGAAACUUUCGGUGGAUCGAAACCCGCUGCAGUUCCUGCUGAAGAAGAUGAAUCCAUUGCCUGGGAUGAUAAUUAUGACCUCCAUAACGAUGAAACGUUUGGAGGGGAAAUCGAAGAGUAUGAUUGGGAAGCAGAACAUGAAAAAUUAGUUAACAUCAUAGGACAUACGCCGGAGUCCAGUAAAGAUGAUAUCGAACAAUCUCAUGGGAUAACCGAUGAGAAAAGUUUCAUUCUCAGUCCAGAUAUCAUUAAGAAGAAUGGCUAUCAUAAAUCGAACGUAACGCCAAAAAAGAACGUUUAUAAUGAGACUGAUUCUCAUAAGUUGAAUUCGAUUAGAAAUCAAAAAGAUGAAGAACCGUUUAAAUUUCCUCCCGUUGUCAUAAACGAUGCCGAAAGUUCGAGUAACGAAUACGAAAGUCAUCUAGAUUAUAGUUAUAAUGAAGCAUUCGAACAUAUCGAAGAGCGCGAUGAAUUUGGUAGCAACGAAACUCUCACGAAUGAUUUCAAUCGAGAUCAGAAACAUGACAAGUGGUAUAAUUCGAAUUUCGAUCAUUCAUCGGGAGGUCCGAACCGUAAUUCUUGUGAUUUCUCGCAAGGGUAUUCGUUGUUUUCAUCUGGUACUAAUCUAUUGCAAAAUGCUGGCAUUCAUAUACCUUCCGUUUCGACUUCUUCAGCUAUUUCGAAACCAGUCGAUGCUCUGGAAAGCAAAUUCGAUUCGAUGAAACUUCAGCCUUCCACUUCGAAAAUUCCUAGCGUUGCUGAUUUAGAAAAACAAUGGAUAAACGAAUCUGCCUCGUCUUCGAAAUCGAUUAUAAACGCUGACUGUUUUCGCGCAUACAACAGCGCCUUAUUUCUGAACGGUAAUCACACAUCUAACGAUACAUCUCAGCCUUCGGUCCAAAAAUCAUCGCAGCCUGAACAUAUGCGCUUGGUUAACGACGGAUUUCCUAAUUUUAUCAAUCAACAAAAAGCACCGGAUCAGAUAAAAGCACCUUUAAUGCAGUUCAGAGUCGAGGAAAAUGAUAAAAAUAUACCCAAAAAAUUCAACGUCUAUGAUCCUCAAACCCCUGAAAUGGCUACGCUUUUUUAUCGUAAUACUAUAAAUUAUGCCAAUCUCAACGCGAAUAUAUUAAAUUCGUAUACGAACACGAUGAUCCUGCCAGUUGACGCUGCCAAAGGAUUCCCAUUGGUGGAUUUGGCGAAAGAGCCGCCGAUGUUGAUUCCUAACGAAGCUCCUACUCAUAUUACCGAAAGUACUACCAUACUUUUGGAGAACGCUCGAACAAAUCCGAUUCCUGGAUUAGAUCGCAUUCAUUUGGGAAUGUUCCCUCCACCGCCGCCUGGUCUGACCAUCGAUCCGAGUAAAAUGUGCCAUGUGCCUGCUGUACCAUCUGUUGCAGCUGUGGCUUUACGACCGGCACCGGCACCCGCACAACCUAGCUCGUAUUUAACCCUACCACCGCCUCAGGUCCUGAAUCGUAUUACGACCAUUGAGCAACAAAAACAACUUAUGAAAAUGCAAAACGAAAGCGAUGUGGCUAAUUUAUCCAAUAUCGACGAAUAUGCCGGUAUGAUGACAGAAAGGGAGAAAUAUUGGUUGGCUGGUGUUCAACUUUUGCAAAUUAAUAGUAUGGAUCCGUAUAAAGAUGAUUAUUAUUUCACUAAUUUCCAAGCUCGUCGAAAAGGUAACCGUAAUAAGAAUCAAAAUACGAAUAACCCUGCUUGGAAAAAUAACCAUACUAAGGAUUACUCUCCUCUUCAGUUUGAAAAUUCAUUAGGCAGAGUUCAAAUUGGUAGUGUAGUGGCGCCCCGUCAGGUAAUCGAUACGUAUUUAAUCGAAAGCUCUCCGAAGACAAAUGCCAAUAUGGAAGAUAUUAUUCAAGAGGACACUCUUGCCAACACAUCGAAUAGAAAACGUAAAGCUCUGAUGCUUCAAAUCGAAAAUAUGUAUUCGAAGAUCAUAGCGUUGGAAGGAUUGCAUAUGAAUAACGGUAAAAAUAAACCUGAUCCGGAUGAAAUUAAAUUGGAAUCCAUGUCGAUAGCUGCUGUUUUACGAGAAGAAAUUUUAAACAUGAAAGAUGAUUUCAAAAUUAUCAUGUCUAUCAAAAAAGGAAAACGAUUGGUGCUCCGAUUUUUAAGUUUUUGCGAUAAUCCAGGCGAGGUUUGGUUCGAAAUAUUCAAGAUACUCGAUCGUGUCGUGAGAAGUGAUCAAGAGCACGGGUUGCUAUUAUCGUACCUUCCAUAUUUCAGAGCCUGGUUGACUACGACGCAAUUAACCACACUAAUUCUAAUCGCUAAUCAUUUUCAGAAAAAUUUAAAUUUAUAUUUACGAGAUAAAUUUUGCGUUUCGGUAAUAGCAAAUAUGAUCGAGCAAGCCGAACAGAUAUUCCUGUUAUCCAAACCAGAAGAACAGAACGCCUGGAUGGAUUUCGUUAUUAGUUUAGCUGAAAUAGCGCACACAUCUUUUGAUUUUAUACAGAAACCUGUCGUCUCAGUUAAACCACAAAUCUUACGUAGCCACUUGUUAAAAUGUAAAAAGCUGGAAAAUGGUUAUAUGUCUUGUUUGUUGAAAAUUUUUUCUAAUAAUACUAGAAAGUAAUAAUUUUUUACGUGUAUUUGUGACUCGAAAUAUUUUUCGUUAAUUAUUAUUCCUUUUUAUGUGUCAUUAUUGUAUGUAGUAACCGAUUAUUUAAAUUUUUUUAAUGUACGCAAUUCACGUACAUGUUCUUUUCUUGUUUUUAUUUCAGUUUUUAUCUUCCCUUCUUAUUAUUUUUCUCUUCUCCUUCUUUGUUUCUUCUAUUUUUUUUUGCAUUUUUGAAUUUGAAAUUUACAUUUUAUUUCGAUGUUUCAAUUGAAUUUUAACUCACACGUAAAGUUUUUAGUUUUUUAUUGUAAUUGUAUUAUUUGAGAACAUGUUGAACGUUUUAGACAUGUUUGUUGCAGUUUUCUUUGUGUAUUGUUAUAAUCAUCUUUUUAAAAAAUAUAAUAAAUCAUUGGAAUUAUA